AACCAACCUAACCAAUGACGGCAACUGGUACAAGCCAAUCAAAGGCAGAGUAGGGCGGGUCAUGCCUUUGCCAAAGUGGGAUUCGUAAUUUAGCGACCGGGAACCAGGCUGUACACGUUCCCUUCUAGGCAAACUGCAACCUUCUACAUAUCACAGAGUCCUCAAGUGUUGCUGUCAUGCCUGCUAAAAAAACCACCACCAAGAGGAAGUCUGAGGCUAUUGUGGAGGAUGAAAAAGAUCUCAAGAAAGUGAAAGUUUUCCACAGGAGUCAUGGCAAGGAGGCAGGCCAGGUUCUUGUUCUGGGCCAGGGUGAUGUUGGACAGUUAGGUCAAGGCGAGGAUGUCAUGCAGAGGAAGAAGCCAUCCCUUGUGUCCCUGCCAGAGAAAAUUGUGCAAGUGAUAGCUGGAGGCAUGCACACCGUGUGCCUCAGCGAAACUGGCCAUGUCUACACUUUUGGCUGUAACGAUGAAGGUGCCCUUGGUCGGGACACAACCGAGGAGGGGUCUGAGAUGGUUCCAGGAAAGGUGACGCUGGAGAACGUGGUCCAGGUUUCGGCAGGGGACAGCCACACAGCUGCGCUCACAGAUGAUGGAACAGUGUACAUCUGGGGUGCCUUCAGGGAUAACAAUGGUGUUAUAGGUCUUCUGGAGCCUAUGAAAACAUCAAACAUUCCUGUCAAAGUCCCAGUGAUGGAACCUGUUGUGAAAAUUGCAUCAGGUAACGACCAUCUGGUACUGCUUACACUGGAAGGAAAUCUUUACUCAUUAGGCACUGGAGAGCAGGGGCAGCUGGGAAGAGUGCCUGAACUUUUUUCAAACAGAGGAGGCAGGAAAGGCCUCGACCGGUUGCUGGUGCCACAGAUAGUAACAGUCAAAGGGAAAGUUCACUUCAUAGAUGCCUUCUGUGGAGCAUACUUCACCUUUGCUGUUUCAAAAGAGGGGUAUAUUUAUGGAUUUGGCCUCACCAACUAUCACCAGCUGGGCACUAAAGGCACCAAGACAUGUUUUUUCCCAGUAAGACUGGCAUGCUUCAAGAACUCUACCACUUCCUGGGUGGAGUUCUCUGGAGGACAGCAUCACACAAUCUGCCUUGAUGCUGAAGGCCAGGUGUAUAGCCUGGGCAGAGCGGAGUAUGGCCGUCUCGGUCUGGGCCAAGGGGCUGAAGAGAAGAGUGAGCCCACGCCUGUGAUGGGGAUUGAGCCAGCCAGCCGUGUAACAUGUGGGGCCUCUGUCAGCUAUGCUGUAACCAGAGAAGGAUCUGUGUACGCCUGGGGCAUGGGCACCAACCUGCAGCUUGGCACUGGAGAGGAGGAUGAUGAGUGGAGCCCUGUGAAGAUGACCGGCAAGCAGCUGGAGAACCGCGCAGUACUGAUGGCAUCCAGCGGAGGGCAGCACACAGUCCUUUUGGUCAAAGACAACCAAGAGAGUUGAUUUCCAUCUUAGGCAGAGAAGUACAGCAGAUCUUUUGAGCUGUUUCGAAGAGGGGCCUUGUUCACAAUGCCUGGGGAUGGGGUUAAUCUAUGUGCGCCUUCCUGUGCUGAGGCGAGGGAGAGGUGAGAUUCUGGCCCUUUUAUGGGAACUCUUCCUGUGGUGGGGAAAAAUGUUCAUGGAUGUUCGGUAGAUCAUGAAAACAAGAGACUAUUUUUUUAAAUCUAGUUUUUGGUGUUCUCUUUGAACUCUUUUCAUUAAAAGUCAUUAGUAUGACUGUAAGAUGAUAUAUGUGAUGUUUGUGAAUGUGACUAUUGGCAUGUACAUAAAGGAAAUGAGAGUGCAAGGCUUUUAAUGAACUCCCUAAACAACCUAUCUUUUUAAUUUUUUUUUCCUUUGUUUCUUUAAAGCAAUAAUUGCAUUUUCUUGGUUCAGAUAGGAUAUUUAUACUUGGUGAGUUUAUUGUGUGAGACUACUGUUCAUUUUAUUUUGGGCACACAACAUUGUUGUGAUUAUUUGGACAUUUGGUAACACCAUCAUACUGUAUCCUGCAUUUUUUUUGCUUUUCCUAUCUGAAAAUAAAGAUUACGUUUUAAGUU